AGGUCGCUUUUGGUACAUCCUGUCUUAUUCCUUACUCUGUCAUGAUGGCUACCACACGAGAUCUCCUUCCUUUCCUCUGCAUGUUUGGUUCUGCCCUUGCCGUCUACAAACAAUGGAUCCCAGACACCAACUUUGAAAAUGCCACGAACUGGGACAAAGGCUCUGUGCCCUGCGGGAGUGACCAAGUUGUGUUUCCAGCUCAGGGGAAAGUGGCCGUGUACGUAGAGACGGCUCAUACACUUGCUGGAAUGAGUCUGCCUGUGGAUGGAGAGUUUAUUCUGGCCUCAGGGGCUGGUUUUUCUGUGGGAGAGGGUCAAGACCCUGGCUGCGGGGCCGGUGUCACUACCCAAUUCAAAGAAUUUGACUCUUUAAAGUGGUUUGAUCCUGCUCUGUGGAAGGCUGCUUCUUCUGUAGAUGACCUCCAGAAAGGUUCGUAUCUGUUCUUUGUUCAUGAAGAAAGUGUACCUUGCCAUCAGGAUGAUGUGGUGUUCCGGGACGCCUCGUCUUUCCGAGUAGACGUUUCGGGGAACCAAAACACAGUUUCUGUCAAAAGUGUGUCGGUUCUGAGGCAGAAGUUCAGCAGCAACUCUGACUUCUCUCAGUUUAUGACAUCUACCCUUGGUAAGCUUCUAUUUCAUGGAUCUUCAUCACUCAGAGUUGAUGAACCAAGCUGCAAAGAUCAUACCGGCUGCGAGUGCGGAAAUUCUGGCAACCGUGAACGGAUCUGCGCAAACGUAGAGUGCUCACAUCUGGAUUGCAAGAAGCCCCUGCGUCCGGUGGGACACUGCUGCGAUGUCUGUGGUGCCAUUGUGACCAUUCAGUUCUCCACCAGCUUCAACCUUGAUUCGUAUCGCCAACGCCUGCAACACCUCUUCCUAGCCCUGCCCAAGUAUAAAUCCAUUCAGAUGGCUGCAUCAAAGGUGCCGAAAACACAUAGACUUUUGGGAGUCAUUCCUUAUGAAACCAGCCAUGACAUCCAGGUUGUCCUCUUGGACCAGAACACAGGUUCAGAGUCUGGUGUGCUGGCUGAGGCUCUUGCCCGUGACAUACUGAAGGACGUUCAAGACCAAGGCUCCCACCUGGGCAUAGACAGCGCAGACUUUCAUGCAUCUUCAGGUGCAAGUGGUAGUGAUGUGGCUGGGAUGAGUGGUGGAGACGUGGCUGGGAUUGUGUUGGGCAUUCUGGCUUUGGUGACUUUCUUGGCAGUAAUCGUGAUUGCCUAUCAUCGAGGCUUGGUCAGAAUGCCACGUUUGCCAUCUCUUAGCAGGUGGAAGAAGGACAAUGAGAUUGAUGAACUAGGAGGGCCCAUAGAUCAUGGCUUUGACAACCCCAUGUUUGAGAAAUCACAAGCUUUGCCAGAAAUCCCUGGGCUGUACGGAACUGACAGUCUGAACGGUAUUACCUUGACACACUCAGGUGUGCAUUUUGUGAAUCCUGUAUAUGAUGAAACUGACUUCAAUGCAUAAAACAUACAUGAUCUUUAAAGAAUAAUGAUCUCUGAAACAGUUAACUGAUUGCAUCGCAACUUCAGCAGAAGAAAAUCACAAAGUCAUUAAGCAGCAAGGUAGCUAUUAGUCCAUUUAUUACUUAUGUGUCUCAACGUUUCUAUAGGAAGAAAAUGUAAUACUUUAUUAUGAUCGGCUCAGUGGUAAAAGCUAAGGUAGAUUCUCAAAUGAUUUAUAAGUACACCUUUGAACAAUGAAUAUAUAGACAACAAUGUUGUUCUAUGUGCUUAAGGAAAUAAAAUUCUUCAACCUUCA